GGUGACCCAAAAGCAAGAGUUUGAGAGAACAGCUUCCACUUUGUUUACUCUGCACAAUCACACACACAGCUCUCUCUAUAUAUGUGGACUACUUCUGGGUUGAAUGAUGACUUCAUGUGCAAAUGACAGAUGAACAGAACAACAUCCCUUUCUCUUUUUGACUGGCUGCAAUUGUCAGACGAGCUGUUUGGAAUUCUUAGUGCGGAAGAAGGAAAAAAAAUGUCCGCAGGUUGGGGAGGAGAGAGAUUGUGUUUCUUUGCUAAUCGGCACUAGCAAACGGAUGGUUUGUGGCUGCAAAUGACAAGGAAACCUAGAAUGUCCCAUUUCCGAACCAAAUGAAACAAUUAUUUAAAAAUCCAGAAGAGCUAAAUAGCAGUUGUAUUUAUAAUGGUUCCUUCCACCUUGCAAUGCAAAAACAAUCCUUAUACAUGUACAAAUAAAUUACAUUACUUAGCGCUUUCGAUCUUUCAGGUGCUGGACACAUAUGAACUAACCCUCGCAAACCCCUGGGUGUUGGGUAUCGUUAACCCCUUUAACGGAGCGGGGAAAUUGGGAAAGUAGUGAAGUCAAAGGGAUCGGGCCCGGAGUGAUUUCCUCAAGGCCACGAAGCGAAUCAGAGGCAGGAUUAGAACAAAGGUUAGAUUAAAUUCCAGCCAAAAAUGAACCAUCACAAAAUUCAUCCUGUAAAAUAUUUUUUUAAAUCAAGGUGGCAUCGUUUUGAAAAACAUUUUUGUUAGAUUUUUUUUCCAAUCCUGCCUGACAUAAUUAGCACUUCUCUCCUCAGAGCACUUCACAAACACUAGCUAGGCUGCAAAGAAGAUGGGGAAAGGAGCUGAAAGGACCCCACAGACCCCUAUUUGCAUCCCAUUCACAUGUGCAAGCCCUUGCCGCUCCCCCACCCGCGGCUGAGUAGGAGGGAGCUGGCUAUUCUUGCAGCUCUUGUUGUCUUGGGACUCUUGGCAGAAGUUCAAGGAGCAGCACCAGCAGCAGGCGGCCAGAGGAGAGGGCGCCCAGCGCGCAGGCGCUUCGAGGCACUGUCGAAGAAUCGAGUCACUGGAGCAGAGCGCACAGGCGGCGGCGGCUGCUGCUGGAGUCCCCGCCCCAGUGCGAGCGCCCGGGCUGCAGUAGUGAGCGAGCGAGCGGGACAGGCGGAGUGAGCCGCGCGCUGGAGUAGGCAGCCGAGUGUGCAGCGACGGGGCUAUGCGCUUUCCCGCGUCCCAGUGACUCCAGCUGAGAGGCUUCCGCGCCCGGGAGCCGCUUGUUUGCAGGGGGCGGGCAAUCGGCGGAAGAUCCUGCGGCAGCUGCAAAGCCAGAGCCUGCCCGUUUGCUCUCCGGUUGCUGGAGGAGGAGGAGGAGGACGCGCGGGGGGCGCUCGCUGCCCCUGGGCUGGGACAUGUCGUCCGCGGCGGUGGCGGCUGCUUCCCGCAGGCAGUCGUGCUACCUGUGCGACCUGCCCCGCAUGCCCUGGGCCAUGAUCUGGGACUUCACCGAGCCCGUCUGCCGGGGCUGCGUCAACUACGAGGGGGCCGACCGGGUGGAGUUCGUCAUCGACACGGCGCGGCAGCUCAAGCGGGCUCACAGCUUCCAGGAGGGCCGGGCCCCGCCGCCGCCCCACGCCAAGCAGCCGCCGCUCAGCGCUAAGGAGAUCCUGGUGCAGCAGCAACAGCAGCAGCUGAACCACACGGCGGUGGCGGGCGACGCGGUGCCCCGGCCCCCGCCGCAGCCCCUGGAGCGCUACCCGCUGGCGGCCGCCGCUUCCUCCGAGCGGCAGCCGCCCCGCCUGGGAGCCGAGUACGGGGGCAGCCGGCAGGUGAACGGGAUCCUGGUGCCCAACGGGUUCCCCAAGCCCGAGGAGCCGCCCGAGCUGAACCGGCAGAGCCCGAACCCCCGGCGGACACACACGGUGCCGCCCACCCUGGUGCCGCUGAUGAACGGAGCCUCCCUGCCCGCGCCCAUCAGCAUCAGCAGCCGGGCCGCCGCCGCCUCGCUGGCCGCCAUCUCCGGGGCGGCCGCCCCCAUGCAGGUCUCCGUCUCGCAGCAGCAGCAGCCGCCGCCCGGGGAGCUGGGGCACAAGCGGCCCGGCUCGGUGUCCUCCAGCAGCGGCAGCAGCGCCGGCGCGGGCGAGCACGAGAGCAAGGAGAAGCAGCCGCGGGGCUCGGCGGAGGAGCUGGGGGUCGAGGGCAAGGGCCGCGGGGGAGCGGAGCAGGAGUGGCUGGGCAAGCCCAAGACGGUGCGGGACACGCUGCUGGCGCUGCACCAGCACGGGAGCCACGCGGUGCCCUUCGAGAGCAAGUUCAAGAAGGAGCCCGGCAUGGCGGGGAGCAGGCUGCUGGGGUACGAGAGCAACGGGGCCGUGGCCAAAGCAGGGGCUCGGGCAGCGAGGAAGAGGAAGCCUUCCCCAGAACCAGAAGGUGAAGCUGGACCCCCUAAGAUCAAUGGAGAGUCACAACCCUGGUUGCCAACCUCAUCAGAGGGGAUGAAAAUGUCCAUGACUGCUACAUCGUUCAUGUCCCCACCACCACCAACUGCCUCGCCUCAUUCCAACCGGACCACACCGCCUGAAGCAGCCCAGAAUGGCCAGUCUCCUAUGGCUGCGCUCAUUUUAGUAGCAGACAAUGCAGGGGGCAACCACUCCUCCAAAGAUGCCAACCAAGUUCACUCCACCACCAGGAGGAAUAGCAACAGCCCGCCCUCUCCGUCCUCUAUGAACCAAAGAAGGCUGGGUCCAAGCAGGGAGGUGCCAAGUCAGGGGACAAACAGUGCUGGGGGACUGGAGCCGGUGCAUCCUGCCAGCCUCCCGGACUCGUCUCUAGCAGCCAGUGUUCCCUUGUGCUGCACCCUGUGCCACGAGCGCCUGGAAGACACCCAUUUUGUUCAGUGCCCCUCAGUCCCUUCCCACAAGUUCUGCUUCCCUUGCUCCAGACAAAGCAUCAAACAGCAAGGAGCUAGUGGCGAGGUGUAUUGUCCCAGUGGGGAGAAAUGCCCUCUGGUGGGCUCCAAUGUCCCUUGGGCUUUCAUGCAGGGGGAGAUUGCAACCAUUCUUGCAGGAGAUGUGAAAGUGAAAAAAGAGAGAGACUCGUGACUUUUUCCAGUUCACAACCCAACAUCACCUGUAACUAAAACUGCUUGACUUGUGUAUAUAUCUAUAAAUAUAUAUAUAUCUCCAAGACAAGGGAAAUGUAGACUUCAUAAAACAUGGCUGUAUAAUUUUGAUUUUUUUGAAUACAUUGUGUUUCUAUAUUUUUUUUUGAAGACAAAAGGUAUGUACUUAACGGCAUUUCCUCUUUUUGUUAUAGCAACUAUUUGUUGUGCUUCCUUGGUGACAGUUACUGUUCAAUGUAGGCUGUGACUUGCGCUGCUUUUUUUAGAGAGCACUUGGCAAACCAGAAAUGCUUCUAGCUGUAUUUGUAUGCACUUGUUUCUUUUUAAAAUGCCAAAUACAUUUUCUGACAUUGUAAAGAUCGCCUUACUGUCUGUGAUUCCUUAUUCUUGGGCCUUGCUCACAGUCAAGCUGGAUGCGUGCAGAUUUGAUACUAAAUGGUAGUGGGAAAAGAGAUUGAUAGGGUGAAAUGGGAUGUCACCAUUACAGCCAGGCAGGCGAAUAUUAGAAAGCACAAGUGGUUUCUUUCUGAAACAUCAUUCUCUUGUUGCAAUAACAAAUUUUUUAGACUCAGUCCAAUUCCACUGUUUCUAGAAGGAAGUUGCCUUCAUAGUAGGAUGUUGAGAGAUGUCUGAGAGGCGCUGCUGAGUUAAGGAUUUCUGGGUUGUUUGCUUUUUUUUUUUUCUAAAAGGAAAAGUUGACCACAGUUCAAGUGAUUGGUUGUAAGAUUACAGAACUGCAUUUAUUCAUUGAUUACAUAAUGUUAAUGCAGAAUUUUGGUAAUAAACUUAAUUACUAUAUUGGUGUAUACACCAGUAUAGCACUGCCAUCUUUAAAGAUCCAUAGCUCUUUUAGUGCCACUCACAUACUAUUUAUGCUUGGGGAAAACUAAAGUUUUUUUUUUUUUUAAUUUGCACAUAGUGCAGGUGAACUUUGAGUUUGCUUAUCAGUUACUUAUAGUACUAUUAGUAUUGUUAACUAUCUCUUGCAUCAUAUUUCCAGGUAGUGGCAGGUACAAGAUGGUACAAUGAGAGAAGCAACUGAGAUGCUGCCAGGAUUGCCUUCGGGCAUAUCAGUAACAACCCAAAUGUGGGUGGAAGAAACUUGUAAUCUCUAUUAUGUGUGUUUUAAAAACAAACCUAAUACUACUUUUUUGAAAAUGAAAAAAUAAACUGGUGGAAUGAAAGCAAUUAGGGUUUCACAAAAGGGGCAUGCCCCGCCUUUUUAACUACUUUGGAGUACUCUUUGUAAAGUCAUUUCUUUUGAUUGAGCUUCUGCAUCAAUCAGCAAGCAGAUUUUUUUUUUAAAUAAAUCAUUACUAGAAAUGGCUGUCUUAUAGUGAUGUUUUGUGCUGUUCAGUUCAUUAGCAACACUGCAAACCCCUUGAUGUUUAGAUGUGUUUAACUUGGUCAUAAACAAUUGUUCUGAGCAGAAACAUGACUACAAGUUCUCAUCCCUGGGGCAAAUAUAAAUUUUUCCAUUUUUUUAGGGGGAAAAAAAUCUGUUCAACUAACUUUAACAGUUUGGGAUGCUUUUUAAUCAAGUGUUAUGAUAAUAUUCAGGCUGCUAUUUAAUGCAGAGUAGAACUUUUUUGGAAGAUUUUUUAAAAUUAUCAUUAAUAUUUAAAAUUCAGAACUGCACAUGCACAGUCAUUUUUUAUUAAGUGUUUCAAUGAGCACACAACUAACAUUAUGUUCCUUAUUACAGGUCAAUGUAAUAUUAAAUACAGACUUGCAUGGUAAACCAAUUCAUUGAGUCAAUAUUACGCUUUAAAAUUAUACCUAUAGUUCAGAUUGGUGUCUUAUGUAAACAUGCAGACAAGUUGGAAAAAACGCACAUAUAUACAACUGUAAAGGAUACUUUCUAACACUAUGGUCUCUGUAAAUGUGUAUUUAGCACUUUAUUAAAAAAUGGAUUUCAAGCUGAUAGAUGGUAACAAGUUCUUCAGAGUUGCUUGAUAAUAACUCAUAGUAUGGAAGUGUGUAUGUUUUUGAUAAAGUGAUAUCCCUACUAAAACCUGCAUGAAAGGAUUGCUCUGCUGUGUUGGCCAACUGUUCAGCUUUGAGCACCUUGAGGUGAGGUGGGAAGGUAACUUUUCCCGCUACUCCAUAUCCUGCUUCCUGGUCUAACUGGCAUUUGUGUUGCUCUCCAAGGAGGCCUUUCACUUAACCUUUUAUCUGGAGGAAGUGUGCCAAUAUAUCGUGGCCCAAGAGUAUCUUUGGACCUGUUCUUUAAAGUAGUUCAAAGGGUGGGAAUUAUCAGGCCUUGUUGUUGUACUAGGUGAUGGUACAUAGACAACACAGGUAGAAAAGAAAUGUUAAAAAGUUACUGUACCUGCUCUGACUUCCAGUCCCGAUAUCUCAAUUGAUUCUAAUACACAUAAUGACAUUUCAUUAUUACAAAAGUGCUUGAAACCAGUAUGCUUUUUUUUUUUUGCAUUUUUCAAAUUUCAGUUGAACUAAGUGUGUCUUAUUUUGUUGCUUGCUGAGUUAUGACAUCACAAUGAUCACUUUUUAUUCACUAAACCAACUUACUGUUUCCUUGGCUACAAAGUGUUUUUUUUUUUAAAAGUGCUUUAGCUGCAAGUGCUACUGUUAAUCUUUUUAAAAAGUGAUAGUUUGUGUAGUAAUAAAGUAAAGUGUUUUAAUGAAGAAUGUGUGAUUCUCAAAUCUCACUUUAAUUACUCUUUUUAAAGUUUUUACUUUUUACUGGAGUAUCACCUGCACUAUGCUUUGGUUGUUUAUAACUGCUGAACUAACACAUUACUAUUUUUACCUAUUUUUAAUCUUUGGCAUUAAAUAAAAUAUUAGGAGCUUUAUGCA